AAACAAUUUAAUUAGAACUUUUUAUCAAUUUUUAGAUAAGAAAGGAAAGCAUUGUUCGUUUUCCGUUGGAUAAUUCCCAUAUCGAGAGUAAAGCAGUCGAAGAAAAGGAAGGAAAUCCGAAAAAAAUUGGGAAAAUUGUAUGGGCAGCUAUAAAAUGCUUUGUCUUCGUUGCUUGUGUAGGAGGAUUCGCAUACCAGAUAACGGAGUUUAUAACCCAUUUCUACUCUUACCCAACAGUUGUUACAAUAGAUCUACAAGAACCUGAUUCUUUUGUCAUACCUGCAUUAACAGUCUGCAAUCUUAAUCUAAUAAAAAGAAGUGCCUACUGCGAAAAAUUUCCAGAGGAGUGCAUAUCUUUGAAAAAAGAAGAUUAUAACUCAUUUUGUACUGAAAGCCCACACUAUUGUCGAUUGGAUAAUGAUCCUUUUACGUUUAAGAUACCUAAAAACCCAAAAUUUUAUAUUAAUGAGAUGGAUGAAUAUAGAAGCAAGAAAAAUUUAGAAGACCUCGUCGAUCAUGAAGAUUAUUACGUGACACACAAUGGAUUUUUAGAAUAUUUUAAUGGACCAUUUUUCAUGGAUUCUAACCUUCCUUGUUACACCCUCAAUAAUCGGGCAAUUGUUAAUAGAAAACCUAAAAAGGGAGAAUUUCACAAAUACCUAAGAAAGUCACGUAUGGGACGAGCCACAUAUGUUGAUGGAAUCUAUAUUCAAAUAAAUGAAGUAGAAGUCUUCGACUAUUUGUCAAAGCCCGGUGCACUCCUUUCCGUACACUCACCGUUUACAGUAGUUGACCCUGGACUAGAGGGAGCUGUACUGAAGCCAAAUAGGAAAUAUAAAGUACAUAUACGAUUGGAAGAAAAUCACUUAUUGAAAUUUCCAUACAAAACUGAUUGUCGGGACUAUGAGGAAGAGUGGAUAAAUAAUGGCCAAACGGGGCCACGAUCACAACAGGUAUGCGUCAACAGCUGUUGGAAUGAAUACAAUUUAAAGUGCUUCAACUGCUCAAAGCCACUGAUGCAAACUAAACUUCAAGAAACAUGCAUUACAUUAGUACAAGCAUCUUGUGGCAUCAAAAUAGAAGGCGAUAAGUUAAAGGCAUGUUUAGCUACCUGCAAAAAUGCUUGCAAGGAGAGGAAAUAUGUUUACAGAGUUCAAGAACAGCCAUAUGUGCAUAGGGAUAAAAACUUGCGUGGAAGGAAAGCGAGAAUUCAUAUUGAUGUUGUCAUUGAUGAACCGGAAGUACUGGUAUUUGCUCACAAACCUCAAUACUUGGCUGUUGAGUUAUUUAGCUACAUUGGAGGGUUUCUCGGAUGUUGGCUGGGAAUUUCGAUUUGGUCAUCGUCUUCAACACUGUUAAAAAUUUUAAAUCAUGUAAAAGUUCAGUUGAAGAAACUAAAGCAAGAAAAAACGAAAGAAAAUGAAGAAGAUUUAUGUAUAAAUUAAUUGUUUUAAAUAGAAAUGAGUUAAAAUCAAAUCUAUUAUGUUACGACGAAUUUCAUAAUUAUGUGCAAGGAAUGUAUUGAUAUUGUAUUUCCCAUACUUUAGUUAAAGUAAUAAAUACUAAUUAUAAGUAAAGUAAUAAA